AUUUAUGGUCGAGUUUGAUUUGGGGGCUUGAGCUUUUGCGUAAGGGGUUGAGGAAGACCGUUGGGGAUGGAACUAGUAUUGUCGCUUUUAGAGAUCCAUGGCUUCCUAGGCCUAGAACAUUUCGUCCCAUCACUUCGAGGCCAGAGGUUGAUUGGUUGGUUCAAGAAUUUAGUACAACAGGUGGUGUGUGGAAUAUUACGGCGUUAUUACAGGUGUUCUUGUUGAUGGAUGUUAAUGUCAUUCUUGGUAUUUCUUUGGCAAGUGAGUGUUGUGGGAUGGUUGGUGUUGGCACUACAAUUCACAUGGUUAUUAUUCUAUGAGGAGUGGAUAUUCACGGUUUUAGAUUUGGUGAAUGAGAAUAAGGGGUGCUCAACCUUGAAUUUGAGCUUGGUGGAAUGGUGUUUGAAUUUGAGGGUGCCACAGAAGGUUAAAAUCUUUGUGUGUUGGAUGUAUUAUCGAGCACACUCUCAACUUAUUAAACGAAAUAUACUAGUUCAGCCGAUUUGUGCAAGGUGUGGGGACGAGGUAUUUAGACAAAUGCUUGUCCUAAAUUUUUAUGUACUCCCAUAACAAUUGAUCUAAUUUAAUAGUAUUACCAUGUUUUCCUUUAAAAAAUAAAUAAAUAAAAUAAAUAAAUGUUAGAAUGAAUUUACAACAUUUUAAAAUACAAUCAAACACAAAAAUAUAAUAAAAAUUGAUUCUUUUUAAUUUCAUUAUAUAUUUCAACUAGUUUCACCUAACCGGUUAUAUCAAGUAAAAAGUUAAACAAGUACAAGAUUCCUAUAUAAUUCAACAACUAUCACUUGCCUAAAAUAUGAAUCUCACACGUAAAGGACUUCGUCCCAUGAGAGACCAUAGGAUUGACCUUAUUUAUUUACUUAAAAUACAUAAGAGUAAACUUAAAAUAAUUAUUAUUCUGUGUUAAAAAAAAACUAAUAAUUCAUUUAACAAAGAAUUUUAAAAUUUUAUUUUUGGCACUUUAAAUUUUUUAUUUUUUUUUUCAAAAAAUUACAACAAUUCUAAAUAAUUAUAAUGUAUACAAUUAUAAAAAAAAUAAAAUUAGACUAAAAUACACUCUUAAAUGUUAAAGUAGAUGAAAUAAUAUACAUAUAGAAGAUAUACUGAAAUAAUAUAAUAUUUUGAGUUGCAAUUGAUAUUUUUCAAAAUAUGUAUUAAUGGAAGCUUCUAAGUGCACCUUAUAAAAAUGUGCACUAAUGGAAGUUCUAUUAUUUCAGCAUUCAAAGAAAAAAAUUUACUCUAAUUAUUUUAUGUUAAUAUAUGUUAUAAACUUAUAGUUAUUUAAGGUAUUUAUUAAAUUUUAAAAAAUUUAGAAUAAUUUAAAAUAUAAAAAGCAGUACUCAAAUAAUUUACUUUACACACGUAUAAAUUAAAAGAAAUAUGCGUGUAACACACUGUUUUACUUUUGAUUUUAUUGCGUUAAUAUUUUUUUUAAAUUUUACAAAAUAUAUUAUUUUUUAAAGGCUAAUUAGGAUUUUGCCCCCUGAACUUUGAUAUGUACCAAAUUAUGCUCUCUAAACUUUGAAGGUCGUUAAAAAUGCCCCUUGAACUAUUGAGAUAGUUGAAUUUAAGGACUUUUUUCCAAUUUUAAUAAAAAAGUCUAACAUGGAUGAAAGUUCAGAGGCCAUAAUUUAGUACAUAUCAAGAUUCGAGGGGCAUGAUUUGGUAGAUUUCAAAGUCUGGGGAGCAUAGUUUAGUACAUAAACAAUCACUGAAAUAGUAAAAUUGAAUGAAAUUAGACAAAAGUCCUUAAAUCCAACAAUCUCAAUAGUUCAGGGGGCAUUUUUAACGACCUUAAAAGUUCAGGGGCAUGAUUUGGUACAUGUCAAAGUUCAGGGGGCAUGAUUUGAUACAUGUCAAAAUUCAGGGAGCAAAAAUCUUAAUUAGCCUUUUUUUAAAUAACAUUUUAGAGAAUAUCUUAAAUAAUUCCACAAAUAUUAAAAAAAAUUGUAAUACAAAAUUUUCCAAUUAUGAAUGGGGUAGCACCAUAACCACUUGAGGCUAGCUCAAGUGGCCAUAAGGGGUGCGUGUGUGUUGAAAGUCCUGGGUUCGAGUUCCAAGUUAUGCUGAUAUAAUAUAUAAACGCUUAAAUAAAUAAAUAAAAAAAAAGAAUGGGGUAGCACCAUAAACUUUUCUUUUAUUAACCUUUGUGAGAAAGUUUGGACUUUGUUUUUAUUUAUUAAUAUUAUUAUUCCCUGUGAACUUUUUUGCCUUCUUACACAAGUUGUGUAGUGUUGGAAGAAUAAAAGACUCACAAACAUUUCUUCAAAGAAAAAAAAAAAAAAACAAACAAAAGAGCAAGCGGAAGGAAUAACGUUUCCCUCCUUUCCCUUUAAAUACCAAAUUCCCAAACCAAACUCCACCCCAAAGCUCACUCCCAACCCACCCAAGAACGACACCGCAAAAUCACAAUUCUCAGUCAUUCAUUUCCCAUUUGUUUUUAUUUUUUAUUUUUUUUUAUGUUGGAACAGACUCCUAGAGGUUAGCUAUGGAAAAUGGAGAAUCUACAGAUGUUGUAGUGAGAAAGAGUGUCCUCACUCCUAAGGCCAUUAUAUAUCAGAAGUUUGGUAAUGAUGCCUGCUAUAAGGUUGAGGAAGUACAGGAAUCUAAUCAAAAUGAAUGCCCGGGAUUGGCUAUUAUACAGAGAGGUCCUUGCCUUUAUCGUUGCUCAUUGCAGCUCCCUGAGAUUUCUGUAAGGUCAGGAACAUUUAAGAAGAAGAAGGAAGCUGAGCAAGCAGCCUCUGAAUUGGCCUUACAAAAGCUGGGUAUUGAUCCUUUAACUUACAACAUUGCUGAAGAAGAUCCAUGGAACACUUUAGUUAAUCGUAUCAAGUUUUCGUUCUCAAAUGAGUUCCUAACUACUCUUCAUCCUCUAAGUGGUCACCUCAGAGCAGUUUUGCAGAGAGAAGGUGAUCUCUACGGUCGUGUCCCUGUUUCAGUCAUUGCUUUGAUUGAUCCAAAAGUCUCAAAUCUAAGUAGGUCAAUAGAUCCUAAGGUGGAGUUACAUCCAUAUAUGGGCAUAUCUUAUGUUAAGAAGGCUGUUGCUGGAUUAUCUGAGAUCGUUGAUACUUCUGACGAACAGCUUUGGGUCAAGAGGAAAGAUCCAUACCCUCUUGAAAUUAUGGAUUUAGAUAUGCAACAAUCUGUCUCUCCAGGAAGUUGCUCGGUUGGAGCCGUAUAUAUACCAUGUUCAAAUGAGAAGACAGCUUACACCGUAAACCUUGAUGUUUCUUCAUCAGGAUAUUACCUGGAUGCUGUUGCAAAUCAGUUAGGUUUGAUGGAUGCUUCUAAGGUUUUGAUGACAAGGCCCAUUGGUAGAGCUUCUUCUGAGGUUAGGGUGUACUUUGCUACUUCAGAGAUAUAUGUGUCGGAACUGCCUUCUAAUCAUUCAAAUGCCAAAACAGACAUGCAUUCUGAAGAAUCUUAUAAUACAUGGGCAAGUUGCUUGUCUGGUGAGGCUAUAUAUGGUGAUGCAAUUUUGGCAUCCAUUGGAUAUACAUGGAAGUAUAAAGAGCUUUUUCAUGAAGAUUUAACCUUGCAAUCAUAUUACAGGAUGCUUUUGAACAAGGUACCAAGUGGAGUUUACAAGUUAUCGAGAGGAGCAAUACUUGCAGCUCAUUUACCUUCAGCAUAUACUACGAGGACAAACUGGAGGGGUUCCUUUCCAAGAGAAAUCCUCUGUACAUUUUGCCGCCAGCACCGUCUUUUUGAACCUGUUUACUCAUUGGUCAGUAUCUCUGAAGCACCAUCUGAGACAUCGGGCUCACACAAAAAAUUGAAGUUGAGAGACUCAGCUGUGGAAGGGACAGACCAUGCAAAUGGUAGCAUAGUUGCUGCUGGUUCUAAGGAAGCAGUGGAAUCAGGAGGCACCUUUCGAUGUGAAGUUAAGAUAUACUCAAAGUUUCAGGAUUUGAUUAUAGAGUGUUCCCCAAAGGAAUCUUACAAGAAGCAGAGUGAUUCCUAUCAGAAUGUAUCUUUGAAAGUUCUUAUAUGGUUAGAUGCAUAUUUUAUGAAUUUCAAUACUCCUCUAAUCAGACUAAAUAGUUCUGCCGAUGAACUUGACAUUAAAUUUAAUCCCACAAACUUUUUUAAAGCAUUUGCACUUUGUCGGCCUAUUCAAUCUUUCUUAUACGGUGAUACUGUGGAAGCCAGAGGAGAUGAAUCAAAUGCUAUGCCAGGACAAGAAAUUCGUGGCCCAGAUUCUGGUGUAUCUCCAUCUAAUGGAUCGUUAGCGUGUAUAAGUUAUUCAGUGAUGUUGGUGAUCAAAAGUACAAACACGAAAGAACUUCUUGAACACAAUGAUGAAUUUGAGUUUGAGAUUGGAUCUAGUUCAGUGAUACACCAAAUUGAAGCAGCUAUUAUGUUAAUGACUGUUGGGCAGUCAGCUAUUUUACCUAUGGGUGUGCAUUCUCAAGAGUUAAUUUUAGCUGCCACGGAUGAUUCUGAAAGGGUUCUUUCUUUGCUGUCUGCAAACUGCUGCUUGGAGUACACUAUAACUUUAUAUCAAGUAACAGAACCUUUGGAAGACAGAAUGGAGAAGGCACUGUUUAGUCCCCCGCUUUCAAAGCAGCGAGUUGAAUAUGCAGUCCAACACAUCAGGCAAACCUGUGCUACUACUUUGGUUGAUUUUGGAUGUGGCUCUGGAAGUUUGUUGGAUUCUUUAUUGAAUUAUCAGACUUCUCUUGAAAAAAUUGUUGGCGUUGAUAUUUCUCACAAAAGUCUUAUACGUGCAGCAAAAAUACUACAUUCUAAACUAAAUGCAAAUGAAGCUUGUGCUGGUAUAAAGUCUGCGAUUCUAUACGAUGGUUCCAUAACAGAAUUCGAUCCUCGAUUGUGUGGUUUUGAUAUUGGUACUUGUUUAGAGGUAAUUGAGCAUAUGGAGGAAGAUCAAGCAUGGCUGUUUGGUGACGUUGUGUUGAGUUACUUUUGUCCGAAGAUUCUGAUUGUUUCUACUCCGAACUACGAAUACAAUGUCAUACUCCAGAGAUCUAAUCUAUCAAACCAAGAAGAAGAUCCAGAAGACAAAACUCAGUCUCAAGCCUGUAAAUUUCGUAAUCACGACCAUAAGUUCGAGUGGACUAGAGAGCAGUUCCAGCAGUGGGCGUCAGACUUGGCCACUAAACACAAUUACAGCGUUGAGUUCAGUGGGGUCGGUGGUUCCGGUGAAGUGGAACCCGGUUUCGCCUCCCAGAUUGCUGUUUUCAGAAAGGGAACAACUCCACCUCUUGCUGAUAAUGAUUCACCUGCUGUUGUGGCUGAUAAUCAUUGCAGCAUUGUGUGGGAAUGGGAUGGUAGCACUAGAUUAUGACUCUUUCACUAACAAACCACACAUGAAAUGAACAUUUCGAUUCCUAGCUUUUGGUUUUUGUCUCCUAGAUUUCUAUAACUAAUGAUAAAGUUCGUUUGACCAAAGUUUCUAUGAAGUUAGCUGACAAAAGUUGCCUUAAUCAUCAAUUCUACUAGAUAAAUAUUUUUUUUUUCUGAACUUA